AUGAAAGAAGAUGAAAAUAUAGAAUUUGAAAUUGUAGAUGAAAGUUCAACAAUUGAUUUUUAUUACAAUGAUGAAUAUUUUCCAUAUAACAUUGAUUUAAAAGAACAUGAAAAAAUUAGAUCCGAUAAUAGGAUUUAUUUAAUAAAGAUUUCAACAAUAGGAUUGUUUUUAUUAAUACUUAUAGUUUGUAAUUUGAUAUUUAUUAAGAUUCAAGAUCAAAAAACAGUAGAAAGUGAUAAAAAAAUUGAAAUUAUAGAAACUUUAAGAUCAGUUUCACCAACAAAAAAUGUUAAUUCAGAUGAAUUAGUUAUUGCAGUUAAAGACGGAUCAAAUAAUUUUUAUUUUACAACUGAAAAUUUUAAUAGUUUUUAUAAAAAUAUUGCUUAUGGAUUGUCUUCGGUUGUGAUUAUAACAUCAAUAGUGUUUAUUGGAAUUAAUGUUUAUCAAAUUAAUCAAAAUCUACCUUCUCUACUUCCUGUUUUAAGGUUGGUUUUAAAAUAA